AUGAUUUCUCUCGAUGUCACUGCAUUGUUCACGAAUAUUCCCAAGGAUUUGGUUGUGAGUGCUGUCACUAAACGUUGGAAUCACAUCGCGCCUAAUACGAAAUUUAACUUAUCACAGUUUUUAUACGUGAUUGAAAUGAUUUUGGACUCUACUAGUUUUACAUUCAACGGACAGUUUUACGAACAGAUUUUUGGCAGUCCUAUGGGUUCUCCUUUGUCACCUAUCUUGGCCGAUAUUGUGACGGAUGACUUGGAAACACAUUGUUUGAGUCUGCUGAAUUUCAAUGUGCCAGUUUAUUACAGAUAUGUUGAUGACAUUUUUACCAUUGUUCCACGCUCUAAAGUGGAAAUGAUAAAAUCGACCUUUAAUAAUUAUCAUCAACGCUUGGCUUUUACGCAUGAAAUUGAAUGUGAUUCUCGUAUCAGCUUUCUCGACACGGUUGUUAUUCGAUCUGAUGGUUGUCUUCUAACCGAUUGGUUUAGGAAACCCACUUGUUCUAACAGAUUUAUUAAUUUUCAUUCUAAACAUCCGAUGAAAUACAAAUUGAACACCAUUUAUAGUCUUGUUGACCGCGCUAUAUUAUUGGCUGAUUCUCAAUUUCAUGCGAAGAACAUUGAUACUGUUAGGCGGAUUCUUUCCAAUAAUUGUUUUCCGAGCCAAAUCAUUAACCGUUAUGUGCAAAAAAGACUACAAUUCUUGAAACAUCGUGAUAAUGCUAAUAUUGAUAAUGAAUGUGACAAUGCAGUGGCAUCUUCGUACAUUUCUUUGCCGUUCGUUGAUGGCCUGAGUGAUGAAUUUGAUCACGUUUUUAAAAACAUAGGCCUAAAUGUGGAUUAUAAUGUUCCUAAAAAACUCAAUGUACUGAUUAAACGCGGUAAAGAUAAGCUGCCUACGAACAACAUGACGGAAGUAGUUUACAAAUUAGAUUGCAAAAAUUGCAAUAAGUCAUAUAUUGGCCAAACAAAAAGACAUUUAUGCACUCGUAUAAAAGAACAUCGUAAUAACAUUAAAGUGCAUGAAAGUAAUUUUUCCGUUAUUAGUAAACAUAAAGUUGAUUUUAAUCAUGACUUCGAUUGGUCCGCACCGGUUAUUUUACAUAGCGAGAAACACGCGAGAAAGAGAGAAUUUGCUGAAAUGUUUUAUAUAAAAAAGCUUGACAACACGAUCAACUUACAAAAGGACACCGAUAAUUUAAACGAUAUUUAUGAUAAAAUAAUAAAGGUUGUCUAG